GAGAGAGAGAGAGUCGAAUUUUGAUUUUUGAGCAUAAACCCUGAAAGCUUCUGGAAGCUUCUGCAGCCGUUUUUUUUUUGUUGUUGUUGUUCAGGACUUCUGCAGCAAUUGAGACAACACAACAUCGACAACGGUGUGUAAAACAGAAGUGGUUUAAUGGCGAAACCGGCGGUGAGCAAGAGAAAGAUUGGUGAUGUUGACAUUCGCGAUUCUCCUUAUUUCAAGAUUCGUGCUCUUGUUUCUCUUCUUCGUCCCCGUUUUCUUCAGGUUCUCGAAACACCUGACUUUCACAAGUGCGAAGCAGCUACAGAUAUUGAACAAGGGAUGAAGCUUGUGAUGGAAUAUUACAGACAGAUGCUUACCGAGGCAAACAAAAGAGAUAAAAUGGACAAGGCACCUCGUCAAUCUGAAUCAGCUAAACAGAGCCUGGGAAGACAAAAAGCAACCCAUCAAGCUAAACAAGUCACCAAGGAAGCAGAUGAUAAGAAGCUUUUUGCAGCUCCUAGCAGCCCAAAGAUGACAUAUGAGAGUGGCGGCAGACUAUAUGGUUCUUACAUCGUGGGUGGUUCGCUUACAGGAUGGAACUAUAUCACAUUUAAAAACAGAAAACAGCCACAGUACUACGGAGUCACAAAGGAGACACAUCGCAGUAACAGGCGCAAACCAUGAAUUGGUAUUAGCACACAGGAAACUUGAAUUUGCUGGAUACUUUAAACUAAAAUACAAGGAAAUGAGUUUGGCGGGAAACUAGCAAACAUGCUACUAUCUGGUCAUGUUUGACGUACUGAAAGUAUUGCUGCUGGCCUAAUUUGCUUAACGUUUUUGAGACACCUGCUAGACUCUUAUGUGUGUUUAAGCACAGAGUCAGAUAUAUUUUGGUUAGCAAAGAGUACCUAGACCUCGGUCACUAAUGGCAAAAGAACAAAAUGCAGUACAAGUUAAUACUUCCCUUCUGGUGUUGAGUUUGUUGCUAAACUCACAUUCACAUAUGAUUGGUUAUCUGCUUCAGUAUACUUGUUAUACGUUAUACAUUUUUGAAUUAGUUUCAGCGUCAACAGCUCAGUGAUUAGGAUGCUCAUUUUUCAAGCAAUAGAUUUUUGCCCCCAUUCUUGAAGUUUCUGCUGUGUUGGUCACUGUACAUUUGUUUGGUUGCAACAUUUAUGAAUUUAAUUAGAAGUUGAUUACAGAAGUUACUUGCCAGUU